AUGGAAGAUUAUUUGGAUUAUCAAGCUGAGAUUGAAGAAGAAUUUGGAUGGGCAUAUUAUCAGAAGCAUCCAAUUGUAUCAUUUUGGAAUGUAGUGCUUCCUAUUUUGUCAUGUUCAAUUGGAAUUAUUGGAAAUGCAAUAGUGUGUGCAUUAAAGUUGAGAAAGAUAAAAAGUCGAAGAAGCAUGGAUCUUUUGGUGAUUACUUAUUCACUGUCCUUAAUUCUUUCAUCCGUUUGGUCAGUUCUUGUGUUCAUCGAAGAUUAUUUUGGUGCAUCAAACGUUUGGUUUUGUCAACUCAAACAUAGCCUCACUUAUCUUCCUAUAGCAGUGUCAAUUCCUUCAAUAUUUAGUCUGAUAAUUGUAUCAAAAUAUUACACAAAGUUGGAACUCAAAAUUGGAUUGAUUAUGAAUAUAGUUAUUUGGAUUUAUGGACUUAUUCGUGGACAUCCUUACUUAAAUUUUCAAGUAGAGUAUUUCAAAGGCUCAUCAGAAGUUUCGGACAAAGUUGGAUAUUGUCAACAAUCAAGUGAUGAACAUUUCUUAUACUUUGAGUACGAGCUGCUAAUGUUCACUUUAGACUACAUUCUUCCAAUAUUUGGACUGUUUAUUGUGUUAUGUCUUUUAAGGUGUAAGGCAUCAUCGCCCAAUCAAAGCAUCUUUAUUUAUGGCAUAAUCAAUUCUAUUCUCUUUUACUUAGGAAUAAUUCCAUCGGUACUUCCGAUUUUGCACUAUCUUGGUGUCCAAAGAUAUAUUUAUCAUCAUAGUGCACUUGCUUACUUCUUGAAUUUGAUUGUACUUCCAGUUAAUCCAUUUUUGCUUUAUUAUUAUGAUCCUGCAUUUAAGAAGGAUAUUCGUGUUAUAUUUUUUAAAAGAUCCAAUGAUAACAACGGUAAUUUGAAUUUGGAGACUCAAUUGCCAGAGAACAAGGAAUAA